GGGGCGGUUGCUGAGAAUGGAGGCAGGCGUGUUUCUCCAUCUUCUUUCCAUUGCCCGAGAGCUGAAGGGUGGGACAGCGCUGAGCCGCGGGGAGCCCCGGGGACCAGUCAGCCCGGAGCUCCGCUGGGGCUACCUUCCCUGCUGCGCUCCCGCCAGCCGGCUCUGGUUGCUGUGGAGCCGGGAGGCGGUUGCCACGGAGACCGACGUGCGAGGACCAGCCAAUCAGUGAGGAGCUGCGGCGCCAGCUCUCCUCUUGGAUGGAGGCGUUGGGUUAGGCUGGGGAGCCCUGCCCGGGUAGCUGGGGGCCGGGAGUUCGAGCAGGGGUACUACGCCGCCGCCUCCCCCAAAGCGCUUGGCCCCCCAGAACCUCCAACACCCCCCCCCGGCCACGCGCCCCGAAUUCUGGAGACCCUCUGACUCUUCCCGACCCGGCUAAGGGCUGACGCCUCCGACCGGCCCUGAACCCCUCUCCCGUUAGUGGGGGCGGAGAAGUGAUGCUGCGGGAAAGGCGGGGCCGCGGACCGCGGGCGGGGAGUGCAGCCGGGGUGGGGUAUGGGGAGGGAAGGAGGCUGUCCCACCCCCUCCGCUCCCGGCGCACCGCAGUGCCUGGCGCGCCCGCGCACGCUCACUCGGAGCGCUGGGCGGGCGGGGCGGCGCUGACGUCAUCCACUGACCCCCUUCACCCCCCGGCCGAGGGGCGGUGGCCGCGCAGGCUCCGCGGGACGGACUCACGGACAGACAGGGGACGGAGGGACGGGCGUACGGCCAGGCCAUGCCGGGGGAAGCUGCCCGCGCCGAGCUGCUGCUACCGGAGGCGGGCGGAACAGGGCCCCGCACAGAUCUGUCCUGCGAUGCGGCUGCGGCUACCACCCCGAGGGGGGACCAGCUGGAGCACUGUGUCCUGACCCCUAAGCCCAGUGCCCUGGCUCUCACAUUCCUGCCCAGCAAGCCGGGUGCCCGGCCCCCGCCUGACGGAGCCAGCUGGGAUGCAGGGCCGGGACGCGCCCCCUCGGCCUGGGCAGUCCAGGCAGAGGGCGACCCCAGCCCAGGGCCCCCCGAGGUUCGGCCUGCUGAAGGUCCUCUCCCAGCCUCCCUGGAGCCCCGGAUUGUGAUGGGCGAGGAGACGUGCCAGGCAUCCCCACUGCCCAGGGCAACCCUGCCAGAGCUCAGGGACUGGGAGGGUGGGCACGCCAGCCUGAACCCACCCCCCGAGUUGUGUUCUCAGGGUGACCCUCCUGUGCUUUUCCCUGCACCCGACUCCGACUCCUACUUCACCCCUCCCUCCACCCCGACCGAGACAGCCUCCACCCUGCUCCCUGGCCCCGGGCCCCACAGGGAUGCCCAGGAUGCCCAGGCUGAGCUGGGGAACUCGCCGCCAGCCUCGCCCUCGGGCUCCUACAUCACGGCGGACGGGGACAGCUGGGCCUCGUCUCCAUCCUGCUCCGUGAGCCUGCAGGCCCCGGCUGAAGGGCUGGAUGUGCCCUCAGGCUGGGGCUUCUCCCCACCUGGGUCUGUGGCCGAUGAGAGGGAGCUGCCCCCUGCCGGGACCCCGGACACCUCGUCCCCAGAGUCCAGCCUCUCGGCAGACAGCAGCUCUUCCUGGGGCCAGGAGGGCCACUUCUUCGAGCUGGACUUCCUGGCCAACGACCCGAUGAUCCCUGCUUCCCUCCUGCCCUUCCAGGGCAGCCUAAUCUUCCAGGUGGAGGCUGUCGAGGUGACCCCGCUGCCCCCCGAGGAAGAACAGGAGGAGCAGGCGGAGGAGGGCGAGGAGGAGGCCCCCAGCCCCAGCGGGGACCUGGCCGGGCAGGGCGAGGACGACAGCACGUUCGCGUCCUCGCUGCAGUCGCUGUCCGACCUGUCCAUCACUGAGGGCAUGGACGAGGCCUUCGCCUUCCGAGAUGACACCUCGGCCGCCUCCUCUGACCCCGACUCGGCCUCCUACGCGGGGGGUGACGAUGAGAGACUGUACAGCGGGGAGCCCCACGCACAGCCCACCGCCCUGCUCCGGGACAGCCCUGGUGAGGCCGCCUCCUGGGGCCCCGAGCCCACUCUUGGGGUGUCCGAGGGAGAGGUUGGCCGGGCUGCCAAGAGCCAGGAACCCAUCUCCGAUAUAACGGGGGUGGGCCCCGCUCCAGGCCAGGUGUCUGCUGCUGCUAUGGCCCCUCACGUCCCACAGAAAGCCCCAGGCCUCACUGCGGUGACCCCUCGGGACUGGGCAGCAGAGGCAGGCUCCACCAUGGGACCAGCGCCUGUUGCCACAAUCACACCUCAGUCCCUGGAGGAGGGAGACGGCGCUGCCUUAGGCUUAGAGCCCCCGACUUCGAAGGGAGAGGCGGACCUCGACUCUCUGCAGAACCUGAAGGAAGAAACGGGCCAGGGGUUUGCCGCUGCAGGCAGCCCUGAGCCCCAGCCAGGAGAAGUGGAACCGGCAGUAUCCCUGCCCCUGCAGGAUGCAGGCCUCCCCACUGGCCAGGGAUCUGAGCCCCAGGCCAGCCCUGAGCCCCAGCCAGAACUGGACAUGACGGCAUCCUUGCCACUGCAGGAUGCAGGCCUUCCCUCUGGCCAGGGAUCUGCCCCCGAGGCCAGCCCUGAGCCCCAGCCGGAAGAACUGGACCUGACGGCAUCCUUGCCACUGCAGGAUGCAGGCCUCCCCACUGGGCAGGGAUCUGCCCCCGAGGCCGGCCCUGAGCCCAAGCCCGAAGAAGUGGACCUGACGGCAUCCUUGNCCCUGCAGGAUGCAGGCCUCCCCUCUGGCCAGGGAUCUGCCUCUGAGGCCAGCCCUGAGCCCCAGCCAGAAGAAAUGGACCUGACAGCAUUCCCGUCCCUGCAGGAUGCAGGCCUCCCCUCGGUCCAGGGAUCUGCCUCCGAACCCAGCCCUGAGUCCCAGUCGGAAGAAGUGGACCUGACUGCAUCCCCACCCCUGCAGGAUGCAGGCCUUCCUUCGGGCCAGGAAUUGGCCUCUGAGGCCAGCCCUGAACCCCAGUCGGAAGAAGUGGACCUGACGGCAUCCCUGCCCCUGCAGGAUGCAGGCCUCCCCUCUAGCCAAGGACCUGCCCCCAAGGCCAGCCCUCAGGCUUUGCAGGCUGACACAGGCUACACCCUAGGGACAGAGCCCAUGGCCACCACAGCCCAACAGAAAGGAGGCAAGACUUUGGAACUGAGGCCAGCGCCUGAGAAAAGGGACCCAGACCACACUGGAGGAUCAGACUCUCUGGCCUUGGAUCAGAUCCAUCUGGGUGGCCUGGAGCCAGCUGCAGAUGCUCGGAUACCCUUGGACGGAGAUGCAUGCCCUUCCAAGCCUGCCACAGAGACCCCAGACACACCUGAGCCUGCCACGGAGGCCCCAGACACACCUGAGCCUGCCACGGAGGUCCCAGGCACACCUGAGCCUGCCACGGAGGCCCCAGACACACCUGAGCCUGCCGCGGAGGCCCCAGACACACCUGAGCCUGCCACAGAGGCCCCAGGUCCCCCAGAGCCUGACUCCAGUGGGGAGGAAGUAGCCAAGGGCCUUUUGGCACCUGAGCAGGGAGCCUGUCCUGAUGCCCGUGGGCAUGGGGGUGAUGGAGCUGAGCCCAGCUCGCCCCUAAAGGAGGCCCCGGGGGCUGAGAACCAGGGGCGUGGAGUUCUAAAGGCAGUCGUCUGCAGCCCAGAGCCAUGUCCUGCUGCCAGCCUGGAGGCUGGCCAGGUGGGGCCCCCAAGCCCAGUGGAGGAGGGAAGGGCCACCCUGGGGCCCAGGCUUCCCGUGGCUGUGGCCUCAGAGGCUGGGCUGGGCUCCUGCCCAGAGUCUCCAUCAGGGGCUGUACCCAGGCUGGGAGGGAGCUGUCCCAAAGAUCCUGCCCUGGCACUUCCACUGCCCUCAAGGCAGCCAGAGCCCGUGAGGGGCCUGCACAGCGGAAAGCAGGCCCGGGCAGCCCUGGGAGUCCUCAGCUCCUCCCCACCGCAGCCUCCACAAAGCCCCCUAGGGGGCCUGCCCGGUGCACCCCAAGCCAGCAUCCAGGGCGCUGAGUCCUCUGCUCCUGGUGUCCUCAUGCAGACAGUCCCACCCCCCGCGGCACCCCCUGCCCCCUGCCCUUGCCAGGUCCCCGGGGAAGAGCUGGGGGAGAGCGCGGAGCCCCUGGGCUCUCUGGGACUCCCACCACCACGGGCAAGAGCCCAGCGGGUGGUGGCUGCCCUCUCAGGGACCAAGAAUCCCCCCGGGGCCGGGCAGGUCAGCCUCCCGCCCCACUCCCCACUCCUCAGCCCCAAGGCGGCCCCCAAGGGGGCUACUCAUGCCAAAGACCUGGCCUCGAGGAUCUCGCCCCCCUGCCAAGUGCCUCCUGGCUCUGGGCUCCGGAGCCCAGCCGGACCUCGAGGGCUCCCAGCCGCCAAGCAGCAGGAUGACCAGGACAGUUUGGAAGAAGACUCGCCACAGGCCCCGGGCUCCGGCCAGCACUCGGACAGCCACGGGGAGUCGUCGGCCGAGCUGGAGGAACAGGACCUCUCGGGACCGCGGACCGCGCAGUGCCCAGCCCAGGCCCCGGCAGGCGGCGGGAGCGAGGAGACGGUCACCAAAGUCAAGCAGAGCCGCAGUGAGAAGAAGGCCCGAAAGGCGAUGUCCAAGCUGGGCUUACGACAGAUCCAGGGGGUCACCAGGAUCACCAUCCAGAAGUCCAAGAACAUCCUCUUUGUCAUCGCCAAGCCUGACGUCUUCAAGAGCCCGGCCUCGGACACCUACGUGGUCUUCGGCGAGGCCAAGAUCGAGGACCUGUCCCAGCAGGUGCACAGAGCUGCGGCUGAGAAGUUCAAGGUACCCUCGGAGCCCUCCGCCCUGGCCCCCGAGUCAGCGCCGGGGCCGAGGGUGAGGCCAGAGUGCAAGGAGGAGGAAGAGGACGAUGACGAGGAGGUGGACGAGACGGGGCUGGAGCUUCGGGACAUUGAGCUGGUGAUGGCGCAGGCCAACGUGUCAAGGGCCAAGGCCGUGCGGGCCCUGAGGGACAACCAGAGCGAUAUCGUCAACGCCAUCAUGGUGAGUGGCCGGCCCCUUCGCAGGCGCCUUGCUGCCGUCUCCGCUGUGGCCUCACACAAUGUGACCCUCUCUUUGUGUGCUUCCUGCAGGAGCUGACAAUGUAGCUGCUGACCAGAGACCUGGCUCCACCCCUGCCCCCAAGCUCUGCUGCUCAAUAAACCGGUGUCCCCUCA